ACAGUUUGGUUCGGGACUUGGAUUUCUACGUGUACCGUUUCGAAGGCUACGGGAAGCAGUUCAUCAAGGAAUGCCGUGUCAGCCCAGAUGCUUAUAUUCAACUGGCUCUACAACUUGCUUAUUUUCGGCUGUACGGGCGGUCGGCGGCGACGUACGAGAAGCGCGUCGAACGCGGCGCUUCCUGCUGGGGCGCGUCGACUGCAUCCGGUCGGCGACGAGCGAGGCGCGCGCGUGGGCGGCCGCCAUGAGCCAGGACGCGGCGGCCGGGGCGGCGGGCGCGGCGCCGCGGCGGGCUGGCCUUCGGGGCGCUGCCGCCCGGCGCGGCCGUCGACGCCGCCGACGACGACGCCGCGGCCGCCGGCAAAGCGCGUCACCUUCAGCCUCGUCGACUUGCAAGGACUUCUGAUUCUCUCUCAAUGCAUCACUGACACAACGAUCUUUUUAAGAAGUGGAAUGGGGUACUUCCCAAAGCAGUUACUUUGGAAAUGUGAAAAAAAUAUUUUAUUUUCAAAUACCCUUUCU